AUGGAGACUAACUCAGACAUCAACUUUGAUAUAAACGAUUUUAAGCAUGAUCCUCUUCUUUUGACACAGGAAGGGAUUCACAGGUAUUGUCCUGGCGGUCUUCACCCGGUCAGUCUCGGGGAUAGAUUCCAGAAUGGUCGAUACACAGUGCACCAUAAGCUGGGCUUUGGUGAUUCUGCGACAGUGUGGCUUGCAAAGGACACAGGUCGCAAUGGACAUGUUCCUAAAUACCAAUGGAUCGCUUUGAAGAUAUUGGCCGCGCACAUCAAGGAGCGGACGGAGAUUCGAAAUCUGCAAUAUUUGAUGGACAAAUCAGAAGGGGUGCUGUUCACAAGAUGUAUCGUCAAGUUGCUUGACAGCUUUGUGCUCGUGGGUCCGAAUGGGAUACAUCAGUGUUUGGUGCUUGAUCUUGUUGGCCCUUCGUUCGAAUCGAUCCAACAAUCUUAUAUUGACUUCAACAACCACGCCCAUCGUGCCGCGUUCGAUAAUGCUGAGUUCAACAACUUUACUCAUUGUUCUCAUAUCGAAUUUCCUCGUAUAUUUGAAGUUACUAAGCGGCUUUUCAUGGCUUUGAGAUUCAUGCACGGCUUGGGAAUGUGCCACGGAGGUAUAAAUGGAGCAAAUAUUGCGUUCACCUUUCGCAACAGCCUCCGGAAUGCCACCGAAAAAGAAGUCUUUGGUGCUAUGGGAUCACCACACGUUUUCCCACUGGAGCGCUGGGACGGGGUGCCUCUGAGUAAAGGGCUUCCAAAAGAUAUAGUGCAAAGUGCUCAGUGGAAUGGAUAUCUCGACGCAGAUGAAUAUGACAUUCGUCUGAUUGGCUUCGGAAAGAGUUUCGUCCGCGGAGAGGAGCCAGAUAAACUCAAGCAACCAGUCCAUCAGCGAUCUCCCGAGAUCAUCAUGGGGGACAAGCUUGACUGUCGACUUGAUCUGUGGCACACGGGGUGUUUCAUAUAUCAGCUCCUGAUGUAUGAGCCCGCAUUCCCCGGCUUGUCCGACGAUUAUGAAUACAUAAGGAACAUUGUUGGGUUUGUGGAGGACUUACCAGUCGAGUGGGAGGCAAAGCUGGAGGAACUUCGAUUGAUUUCUGACCAGAAUUCUGCACUGGGAAAAGCCCUGGACACAGACAAAGAAAGGACAAAGGUACUAGAAGCUACAGAGACAGAGACCACUGUGCCAGACACUCUAGCACCAGCCGAAGAUAGUCCAGCAGCGGAAGUUUCCCUAGCCAAAGACGGCACAUCAAGCGAAGCCCAGCAUACCAGCACUACUUCACCGCAAAGAAGACUUACAACGUUAGCGUCAGCACGACCUCUAAAGGAAGUUUUCGAAAAGAAAGCCAACAAUCCGAUGUUGGCUCCCUUGUUGCCGAUAAUUGAAGGGUUCCUAAGAUUUCGACCAUCUGAUCGCUUGUCACUCCUUGCGGCAACAGAGUUAGCAGAGUCAGCGUCAUUGCUAGCGCUAGACAAGUACAUCCCCCUAGUAGUUAAUGCAACAGAGGGCGAACAAGAGCUUCCAAGCAGCGAUGUGCCAGCGCGUCUUGAGCUGACUGGGGCACAGGAGGCCCAUCGACAGCCACGACUUGAGGCCCCAGUGGGUGCUUUAAACGUGUCGGGAAACCGUGAACAGCAAUCACGGCCGGCACAGGAUGAAGUUGCAAAUUCACGGGAUGAGGACGGCCCCCAACCGCAAGACCUUUCAGGCAUGUCCCAAAGUCCUGUACAGGUACAACAAGAGACCCCAGUAGGAACGCCCGAGCCGCUUCUCAGUCCUGAACCGCAACAGCCACCGGAGUCGGAACGGUACCAGAGCACCGAGAACGCCCAAUUGGAGACGCAAAUCGGGAUAUCCGAUCCGCUGCUCAGUCAUGAACCGCAGCAGGAAGAGGGGUCGGAAGUUUGUCAAAACGUCGAAAACCCCUCAUUGGAGGCGCAAACAGCGACCUUGGACCUACCAAGUGAGCAUCAUGACCAUCAGCGAGUUUCGCCUGAAAUCUCUAAAGACAUUGAGCAAGAUCAGCUGGAGGCAAUGGAUGGGACACCAGACCAGUUCCACGGACAGGGAGAACAGCAGCCGGGCGUGUCCGAUGUUUGUAAAAGUGCCGACAAAGCCCGGUCAGAGCUGCAAGCAGUGACAUCGGACCUGCUGAGCGAUCAUCAUGAACCCCAGCCAGCCUCGCCAGAAAUCUCUAAGAACCCCGGACAAGAUCAACUGAUAGUGGAUGGAGCACCAGACUUACUCGACAGUCAGAGUGAACAGCAAUCAGAAAUGUCAGAGACUCCCGAAAGUUCCAAUCAGCCACAGCUAGAGCAUGCGGAGGAUUCAGCAGCAUCCUCGGACGACGGUGGAGAACGGACACCCGGAAACCGGAAGAGACUCCGUUCACGUAUAGGAGGGCUGUUGAAUCAGAGCUGGAGGCCAUGGAAGAGCCGUCGGAAGUCUUAG